AUGAAUCCAGAUCUGCCGAUAUCCUCGGCCGAUGCGAGCGAGAAGCAGGCUGUUCCCAAAACCCACGACGAGGAGAAGGCCAAGCCGCCUUCGAUUGGGGCCCAGAGCGAUGGAGCUGGCUACGCGUUCGAGCAGGAGAGCUUCAUGACCCGGACGGGCCUCAACGCCGAGUCCUUCACCAAGAAGCACUACGGGUAUGGCCUCGUCGAGCUGGACCGCAAGAUGUCGCCCAGGCAUCUUAACAUGAUUGCCAUUGGCGGUUCCAUUGGUGCAGGAUUUUACGUCGGAUCUGGCAGUGCGCUCAGCAAGGGUGGCCCCGGCUCCCUCUUUGUCGACUUCCUGAUCAUCAGUAUCAUGGUGUUCAACGUUGUCUACGCCCUUGGCGAGCUUGCCGUCAUGUACCCCGUUUCCGGCGGUUUCUACGCCUACUCAUCCCGUUUCGUCGACCCUUCAUUUGGUUUUGCCAUGGCCUGGAACUAUGCUUUCCAGUGGGCUGUCACUCUGCCCCUGGAAUUGACUGUACAAUCAGCCGUCACGAUCUCGUACUGGGAUGAAACCACCUCCCCCGGCGUGUGGAUCACGGUUUUCCUCGUCGCCAUCGUCAUUCUCAAUAUUUUUGGCAGUAUCGGUUACGCCGAAGAAGAAUUCUGGGCUGCCUCAUUCAAGCUCGCGUCGACCUCAAUCUUCAUCAUCGUCGCGCUCGUCCUCGUCUGCGGCGGUGGUCCUUCCAACGGCCGGUACAGCGAAUACUGGGGUACCCGAAAUUGGAGCGGUCCUGAUGUUUUCAAGAAUGGCUUCAAGGGUUUCUGUUCCGUCUUUGUUACCGCGGCCUUCUCAUUUGCCGGCACGGAGCUUGUCGGUCUUGCCGCCGCCGAGUCGCGGAAUCCAGCAAAGUCGGUACCGGGUGCGAUCAAGCAGGUUUUCUGGCGGAUCUCCCUCUUCUACAUCAUCGGUCUCUUUUUCAUCGGUCUUCUGAUCGAUCCCAACGACGACGCAUUGCUUUCUUCUAGCUCAAACAGCUCCAAGGCGUCGCCGUUCGUUCUCGUCGCCAAGUAUGCUGGGCUCAAUGGCUUUGAUCACUACAUGAACGUGGUGAUUCUCUCAUCGGUCCUCUCCAUCGGCAUUGCCUCAGUCUACGGCGGAUCAAGAACCGUCACCGCUGUCAGCCAACAAGGGUACGGCCUUAAGAUCUUCACAUACAUCGAUCGCGCUGGACGACCGCUCCCAUCGGUCGGUCUCAUCAUUGCCUUCGGCUUCCUAGCCUACCUCAACUUGACGGCAAGCGGUGACGUUAUUUUCGAGUGGCUUCAGGCCCUCUCCGGUCUGGCUACACUGUUCUCGUGGGGCUCCAUCUGUCUUGCACAUAUUCGAUUCCGCGCCGCUUGGAAACAUCACGGCCACACGGUGGAUGAGAUCCCGUUCAAGGCGAUUGGAGGAGUUUGGGGAUCUUGGCUAGGAUUGUUCUUCAUCAUCCUCAUUCUGAUUGCUCAGGUCAAACAGUUCUAUACUGCCGUCGCUGCGCCUCCCGGAGAGUCUGGAGUUGGUACAGCCGAGGACUUUUUCAAGUCCUACCUUGGCUUCCCCAUCAUGCUGGCACUGUGGGCUAUUGGUUAUCUGUGGAAGAGAGAAGGCUGGCUGAAGUUGGACGACAUUGACAUCGACACUGGACGUCGUGAGCAUGACUGGGAAGCGAUCCGCGAAGAGAAGGCAUUGAUUGCCUCUUAUCCCGCCUGGAAGCGUCUCAUCUACUUUCUCUUCUAA